CUGCCGGAGACACGCACCUCCCGCCCGGCCGCUGAGAAAGCCGCGGAGGACGAUGCCGCUCCCGCGCUGCUCGCCCCCGCGCUUCGUCCCUGCGAGGCGGCCGUGCCCCGCGCUGCUGCGCUGCUGCUGAGGUCGGGGAGCGAGCGGUGUCCGCCCGCGGCCGGGCCGCCAUGGCAUCCGGCUGUCCGCCGCCCUUCGGCGACCCGGGGGAAAUGAGGGAGGGCUUUCUGUGCCCCCUUUGCCUGAAGGACCUCCAGUCUUUCUAUCAGCUCCAGUCGCACUACGAAGAAGAGCACUCAAGUGAGGACAGAGAUGUCAAAGGACAGCUCAAAAAUCUAGUCCAGAAGGCCAAAAGAGCAAAGAAGAAAUUGCUGAAACGAGAAGAUGACAGAACUGAUUCUGGAUCUCAGGAACGAUAUGAGUCAUUCAGCUAUGGUGGAGUAGAUCCGUACAUGUGGGAGCCCCAGGAAGUAGGUGCUAUGAGAAGUCAUCUUUCUGAUUUCAAGAAACACCGAGCAGCCAGGAUUGAUCACUAUGUAGUUGAAGUCAAUAAGUUAAUAAUCAGGUUAGAAAAGCUUACAUCGUUUGACAGAGCAAACACUGAGUCAGCUAAAAUAAGAGCUAUAGAGAAGUCUGUUGUGCCUUGGGUCAGUGAUCAGGAUGUUCCAUUCUGCCCAGACUGUGGCAACAAGUUCAGUAUUCGAAACCGACGUCACCACUGCCGCCUUUGUGGGUCUAUUAUGUGCAAGAAGUGCAUGGAACUUGUCAGUCUUCCUUUGGCAAGCAAACUCACUAGUGCCAGCAAAGAGGCCUUGGGUUCUCAUACUAGCCCGAACUCCUCACCUAAUAGUGUCCAUGGCUCCCGCCGUGGCAGCAUUAGCAGCAUAAGCAGUGUGAGCUCAGUUCUGGAUGAGAAGGAUGAUGACCGAAUCCGUUGUUGUCGGCACUGCAAAGAUACCCUGUUGAAAAGAGAACAGCAGAUUGAUGAGAAAGAAUACACUCCAGAGAUUGUGAAACUCUAUGAGAAACUCCGACUCUGCAUGGAGAAGGUUGACCAGAAGGCGCCGGAAUACAUAAGGAUGGCAGAAUCACUAAAUGCUGGGGAGACAACCUACAAUCUUGAACAUGCUAAUGACUUGAGGGUGGAGAUUCAAAAAGUAUACGAAUUUAUAGAUGCCUUAAGUAAGAAGAUUUUGAGUCUAGGCUUGCAUGAAGAUCCCCAGCCUCAUCCUAAAACACUGCAACUUCAGAGAAUGAUAAGAUAUUCAGCUACACUUUUUGUUCAGGAAAAACUGCUUGGCCUAAUGUCCCUGCCAACCAAAGAUCAGUAUGAAGAAUUGAAGAAGAGAAGACUGCAUAUGGUGGCUCUCGAAACACAUGGAAAACAAGAGGAAAAGCAGAAAAACUUUAUCUCCAGAUCUGCAGCCACAGUUAAUGGUGAUGCAACUCCCCUGAAAAAAGGAACAGUCAGGAAUUCUGAAGGCUGGUUACCUACAUCUAGCAUAUCGAGAGAGAGAGAGAUAGCAGACCCACUUCUUCAGCAGAUUGACAACAUCACAUCCUUUAUUAAGCAGGCAAAGGCAGCUAAUAGGAUCGACGAGGUCCAUAUGUUGCAAGAGAACCUGAGGCAGCUUCAGGAUGAAUAUGAUCAACAACAAACUCUGAAAGCUAUCGAGCUUUCUAAAAAGCAGGCAGAAGAGGAGGAGAUGCAGAGGGAGGAACUUCAGAUCCUUCGUGAAAAAGAGUGGGAAAGGGAACACCACAAAUUGAUGUCUCAGCAUUCAAGGACACGCUCCUUAGACUUCAGAGAAGUCAAGCAGCAUCAGCAUGAAGUUGCAAAAGAGAAUCGGAACUUGACGGCGCAUGCAUUGGAUUUGGAUAUUAGUCAGAUCAAAGGGGACCCAAGUUUUGAAACUCCUGCUGUUGAGAGGCUGCCAGCUAAAGAGCACUUGAUCUUCACGCUCAAACCCCAGAAUGUCCCACAGUGUGACAAAGACCAAGAUCAGACAGCCUGUCUAAACCCCUUUGAAGAUGAAGCAGAUACCCCUCAGUUAGAGGAAGACCCUGCUAACCCAUUUGCGAAAGACACUUCUCCAGUGGUUUCUUUCUCUAACACAGCUCUGCAGAGUGAUAAAAAAGAAUAUAAUCCAUUUGAAAAUGAGGAGGAGGAUGAUGAACAAACUAAUGGAGCACCUGGCAGUACUUCAAACCCUUUUGAAGAGGAUGAAAAUCCAUUUCAAAAGCCUGGGGGUGGUUGGAAUUCUGGGAAUCCAUUUGAAGAGGGAUCCUCUACUAAUCCCUUUGAAGUGGAGGAUGGCAAUGAGAUCUCUGGAGAGGAGGCUAUAGAGGAAGAGCUGCUUCUCCAACAGAUAGAUAAUAUCAAAGCUUAUAUAUUUGAUGCCAAACAUAGUGGACGAAUGGAUGAGGUGGAGGUACUGACAGAGAACUUAAAGGAGUUGAAGCGCACAUUAGCAAAGCAGAAGGAGAAAUCCAACUGCUGAAGCAGCAAUAGGGCUGUGUAAUAAUUAUUUUAAGUCUGCUGUUAAAUAUGGGAAGGUAGAGCAGAUACUUAUAAACAGGAGUACAGAUCACAAGAGGGAAUUGGGAGAAUGUUGACUUUUAUGCACUUUCAGUUAGGCAUUUCCACUACUACUCAGUCUUGAAGAAAGAAUUAUUGAGAGAUGCUGCUGGUCUCAAAUGCUUAUACUAAGAAAUUUUAAAAUAACUUGUUAGAACACUCUUUUAAUGCUAACUGGUCUUACUGUGUGCUUAUUUUGGUCAAAGUGGUUAAGUGCUAAUAGGGAACUAUGAUUUGGAAAUGGUUGCAAUGUUGGUUUGUCAUCUUUCCCCCUUGCUGUUGUAGUAUUGUGGUAUUGGCCUUUCAAGUGGGGCUUUGACUAAAGAGAGACAAAAACUUUUCUAAAACUUCUGCAUCCUCUGAUAAUGACACAGUGCAUUGUUACAGGCUAGCUUGACUGCCUAAUGGUGUUACGAGAAAGUGCUGUUAAAAGGCUACUGUGAUUCUUUGAGGUGCAGAAUAUACAGGCUUGCAGAUCAAUUUUGUGCAAUGCUAAUACAUAAAAGGGAUUUUAAGACUGAGAAGAGCUUUAUAACUCAUCUGAAUAUGGGUAACUUUUUAAUGUGUUUAUAAAAAUUCCCAAGUAAAAUUUGGAUGCUGUCUUUUCAUCACUUGGUUUCCCAUUUGCUCUGAGCACAGACCGCAGUGUAACAGAGAGCACCAUGCUGGCUUCAGCAACCUGCUUGUGAGGGAACAAGUAUCUACUCAUUUCCAGGGAAAAGAGCAUCAGGCUAGCACCAUUUCAAACUAUAAUAUAAAGGGUGACCCUCCAAUUCCUAAUUAUCUUAUGGAAUCUACACAUUCCUUUAAAUUCUCUGGGUGACAGAAUGAUCAUGUUUGUCAUAUUUGUGAGACUGGAACCCUCUUUUUGUAGCAUUCAAGGAACAAAAAUCUUGUUUACAAUGGAGAGCUGAAGUGCCACUGAACUGGAAUUCUCUGAAAGCUAGGAGACAAAGUCUGUGGCUGCGAUAGUGCCAAAUAGCAAUUCUCUUUCAUAUUUGAUUCCCCUCAGAAGUUGUUAUGAGACUCAGGCAUGUCUGGCUUAAAUAAGAAGCUCCACAUUGGAGUCAUCUUGUGGUCCUGUGGUUGGGGGCCUGACUAGGUGACCGCCAGCACCUGUGAUGCAGGAGGGCUUAGAGCUGGGCUUCUGAAGAUUGGUAUCAGAAAUGUGCGAUCACUUGAGGGUUAGGUCAGCCCGUACCUUUGUGAAAGAUGGAGCCUGAGCUGCUUUCAUUUUUAUCUUUGAAAGGCGGAGGUCCAUCGUCAGGCAUCAGUGUUUGAAAGGGUGGUGGGGAGGAGUUAGUCUAAAGGGUGUAUUUAUUUAAAGCUGAAAUAGAGGAAAAUCAGGCAGAUCACACUGUAUAGCACUAAUAAUAGUGGGCUUACUCAGAAGUGUAAACUUUUAUGGAAAGGGAUGUGUCUUUUCACUAUGUCUCUGGUAACAUAUAUUAGCACAGCUGUAACCCAAAUAUUGCAUUAUAUUUUAGGUACACAAAUAAUUACGCUACCUAAAGAGCAGGAACUCUAGUUUUAUUUUUCUGUAAGUAAGUGGAGGUAGGGACUUGUGGAACUGUUGUUUAAAAAAAAACAAAACACCUAUAUCCUCACUUAAUAGCACUAGUAGCUGAUCAAAAUAACUUAGAGCAGCCAGUUAAGGACAGCUGAUAUUCUUCCUACUGUAGCCCACAUUUGAAGUUGAAAGGUGUGCAGAACAGGUUGUCUUAAGACCAUAAAGUUUUUAUACUGAGAUGUUUUAUUAAAGUUGAUUGAGUCCCCGAGUGUUAUUUUGCACCAAGUGAAAUGAAGAACAGAGGAUUCUGAGAGGUCGUAAACUAACAAAACAUGUGCGCUGUGGCACCAGGUUCACGAAGGCAGCAAAAAAUAAAUGUUAAGAUAGCUAAACAUAAUCCCUGGAAUUGUUUAACAGAAAUAGUAUAAGGUAGUUAUUUAAGACAGACUUGUUUGCUAGUCAAGAGGAUUCCUCCCUGCACUGCAACCCAAAGCUUUUUUUGGUAUCAGUGUGAAAAAAAUGUUUCAGUGGCUUCAGCUUUCACAUUUAAAAAGUGUUUUUUCCUUGUUGCAACCAUCCUGCCUUGUUUGUAUUUUCAGUCUAAUACACUAAUAAUUAAAGUAUCCUUAUUGUACAUGUAAUAAUGUAUUUUUACAAGCAGAUAACAGACUAGCAUACCUCAUGAUCUUUGUCAGUGUUAAAUGUGAUAGACUAGACAUCUGAUAUGAAGGUCAUCUCCAAAGUGAAGAGCUUAUGCUGGUAUUUGGACUGCUGUGAGGCUCACAAGGCACAACGGAAUGAAGACAUCUUAACCGUAAAGCUCAGUAAGUAACUAGCAUUGACUUUUGUUAAAAUUGCAUGCACUACUCUGUAUGGAAACUUUGUAAACAGAGGUGAAAUAAAACAACAUGUUUAUUUUGU